AUGCUGGUUGCAGCAAGCAUCAGCGGGCGAAACCUCUCGACGGAGAAACGACCGCAGACACCAUCAUCAUCAUCAGCAGCAGCAGCAGCAGCACGACCAGCCGCCGGCGGCAGUGGCACCAAUGCUAGUGCUUGCUCCAUGCCAGACCCGAGGAACCAGCGGGUGCUUCACGCUGCCGUCGCGGGGCUUCCAAAUGCUGGGAAAUCUACGCUGUUAAACUACAUGGUGGGCGAUAAGGUCUCAGCUGUCUCCACGAAGCGACAUACGACCCGAGAGAACACCCUGGGGGUCAUGACUGUCGGGCGGACCCAGGUGUUUUUCCACGACACCCCCGGCUUCGUUAGCCACGAAGAGCGCGACGACUACAAGCCCGCGUUGUCGGCCGAGUCCCGCGAGGCCAUCGCAGCGGUGGACCUCACGCUCUUGCUCGUGGACGCCUCCAAAGACGUCACGAAGCGCGGGCUGCGAAGCCUGACGGGGUUGCUCGAAAGGGUCCUUCGGUCUCGAUGCGAGGUGUUCCUGGUGCUCAACAAGUCGGACUUAGUCCACCCCAGGCACCGCCUUCUCGCAACCACGGACGAAAUCAUGGAUAGGGCUCAGGAGAUCAUGGACCGGAUAGACUCGGAGCGAGAACAAGCUGUUGCUGCUGUUGAUACUUCACCACGACACGAAAAUGGUACCGCUGCAGCAGCAGCAGCAGCAGCAGCAGGGAGUGGCAAUUGUGGCGCCUCCAACGGGAGUGGCGUUGGUGAGCGAGGGCAGGAGCCGUUGUUUCGGGACGGUGGGAAAACGGUCGACGAUCACGUGACGGUGUUCAUGGUCUCGGCAAAGACGGGCCAUGGUGUCGAGGACGUCGUCGAUUUUCUCGUGCACCGCGCCAGGCCCGGCGCCUGGCUGUUCGGUCCGGACGAAACGACCAACAAGGACAAGAGGAGCCGGGUAAAGGAGAUCGUGAGGGAAGGCCUGUACAAGCACCUCUACAAGGAGCUGCCCUACCAGAUCACGACGCACAUAAGGGAGCUCUCGCGAAGACCGGACAACAGCGUAUCCGUGCUGCAAGAACUGCGCUUGGACAGGGCGUCGCAGAAACCCAUUGUGCUUGGGAAGCUCAAGUACAUCAAGAAGGACGUUGAGUGGGAUCUGCGGAAGCUGUUCGGCACGCGCGUCGACGCGCGAUUUUUCGUGAUAGUGGGCCACAAGAAGGGUUAG